CGCAUACGGAGUGCGGCACAAGGAGUGUCGCUGAGUGCAUCCUCUGUUAUAUGCAUCCUUUUCCCUUCAAAUGCCUACAUUUCCCCUUCCAGUGUGCUGAAAAGAAUCUGGGGCUCUCUCACAUCAGAUCUCUUCUCAGUCUUCAUUUCUACAGGAAUUCUAAAGACAAUUGUGGAAUAUUUUGUGCCUUUCGUGGUAAUGCCAUGUGACCUGGCUAUUCCACAUUUUGGCGUUUCCAUCAUCUUCAAGAAAAGUCGCUUCUAGCUCAGACUUUUGGGGAUUUUUUAUAGAAUAGCUGAGUGAAGGGGAGCAUAAAGGGAACCCCAGGAGGAAUGGAAGUUUUGGACGUUGGCUUGGUCCUCUGAGAGGCUGCUGGUGGCGAUUGGUGCAGGAGGGGAAACUGCGUCGCCAGAUCUAAAAAAGCAGGGGGGGAUCUGGGGUCAUUGGCCAUCACAGGACCUGCAGUUCAAGACAACGAGGUUUAACCCCAAAGUACGUCUAUCGCUAUCGAAUUUGAUCGGAUGCGUUUCUUUCUGUAACGAUUGAUAACAUCCUCCAGCCUCUCAGCCUCGACUGAACGCGUCGGCGUUUUGGAUGCGGCGCGUUUUUCUCUUUUUUCCUUCACUGCAGCUCGGCGCCGCUGCUCACCCAGGAUCUGAUUUAAUGUUAGGAGGAAUUUCAACAGGGUGCAGGUCUCUCACUAUACCCUAGAAAUCUGCUCCUCUUCAUUUAUACCCUUUCCUUCUCCUUCCUAACGCGCAAAAAAGAGCAAAACUAAGAUAGAUUGAUGGACUAAAAGAGAAGCCUCGUUUCACGGGUUUUUAACUCUGCUCAGAGCUGUAUUUUUUUUUUCUUUUUUCUGUCUGUCUUUUUCCCCUCAUCUGGACAUAAUGAAAGUUCUCCUGGUCGUGAUGCUUAUUGCCGUUUUUUGGAGCCAGGAGUGGAAGUCGGCGCUGUCGGAUUCAAUCAUCCAUAUCGGUGCCAUAUUUGAUGAGUCGGCACGGAAAGAUGACGAGGUUUUUCGUCUUGCCGUGGCAGACCUGAACCUAAACAAUGAGAUCUUGGAGACAGAAAAGAUAACCUUCUCUGUGGAAUUUGUCGAUGGGAACAACCCUUUCCAGGCUGUACAAGAAGCUUGCGAGUUGAUGAACCGUGGUAUCCUGGCUCUGGUCAGCUCUAUUGGCUGCAUGUCAGCUGGUAGCCUUCAAACACUGGCUGAUGCCAUGCACAUACCGCAUCUCUAUAUCCAGCGCUCCCCAGUGGGUACACCUCGCUCAACCUGCCCACCUACCAGUCGAAUACCUGGAGCUGACGACUACACUCUCAUGGUACGCCCACCUGUGUUCCUCAAUGAGGUCAUCAUGCAGGUGGUGUCUGAAUACAGCUGGCAGAAGUUUGUCCUCUUCUAUGAUUCUGAUUUUGACAUUCGUGGUAUUGAGGAUUUUCUGGACCGUACCUCUCAGCAAGGGAUGGACGUGUCCCUUCAGAAGGUCGAAUCUAAUGUCAACAUGAUGAUCACAGGUCUUUUCAGAACAAUGCGUGUGGAGGAAUUGCAUCGAUAUAGGGAUACGCUACGGAGAGCAGUUUUGUUCAUGAGCCCGGCUACUGCCAAGGCUUUUAUCACUGAGGUGGUGGAGACCAACCUGGUUGCAUUUGAUUGUCACUGGAUCUUGAUUAAUGAGGAGAUCGCAGACUAUGACUUACAGGAGUUAGUCAUGAAGUCAAUAGGCCGUCUAACUCUAGUUCGCCAGAUGUUCCCAAUGCCCCAAAACACAACUCAACGCUGUGUCAAACACAACCACAGGAUCAACACGUCCCUCUGCGACCCUAAAAGCCCUAAGGCCCAGCAGCUUGAGAUCACGAAUCGCUACAUCUAUGACACAGUUUUGCUUCUGGCCAAUACCUUCCACAGAAAGUUGGAGGACAGGAAGUGGCACAGCAUGGCCAGCCUGAGCUGCAUCAGGAAGAACUCCAAGCCUUGGCAAGGAGGCAAGAGCAUGCUAGAGACUGUAAAAAAGUUUGGAGUGAGUGGCCUUACAAGUUUCUUGGAGUUCACUGAGAAUGGCACGAAUCCCAAUAUCUUCUUUGAAAUCCUGGGAACAAAUUAUGGAGAAGACAGAGGUAGAGGAAUCAGCAGGCUCGCCACAUGGGACCCAGUUCAUGGACUGAAUGGUACUUUGACUGAUAGGAAACUGGAAAACAACAUGAGAGGAGUAGUGCUAAGAGUCGUCACUGUUCUGGAGGAGCCAUUUGUGAUGGUCUCAGAGAAUGUCCUUGGAAAACCUAAGAAAUAUCAAGGCUUUUCAAUUGAUGUCCUGGAUGCUCUCUCCAACUAUCUGGGCUUUAAAUAUGAGAUCUAUGUGGCUCCAGACCACAAAUAUGGCAGUUUACAACCUGAGGGCCAGUGGAAUGGUCUCAUGGGGGAACUGGUUUCUAAGCGAGCUGAUGUCGGACUCUCCGCUCUGACUAUCACGCCUGAGCGGGAGAGUGUUGUAGACUUUACCACACGCUACAUGGAUUAUUCUGUGGGCGUUCUGCUGCGCAAGGCCGAGCGCACAGUGGACAUGUUUGCCUGCCUGGCACCCUUCGACCUGUCACUGUGGGCGUGCAUUGCAGGCACUGUGCUCCUUAUUGGCAUCCUGGUGUACUUGCUCAACUGGCUCAACCCACCACGGCUGCCCAUGGGACCUGUGUCUUCGACCACACUGUACAAUUCCAUGUGGUUUGUUUAUGGGUCUUUUGUGCAGCAAGGUGGAGAAGUCCCAUACACCACCCUUGCAACCAGGAUGAUGAUGGGUGUUUGGUGGAUGUUUGCCCUCAUUGUCAUCUCUUCAUACACUGCUAAUCUAGCAGCUUUCCUCACUAUCUCACGGAUAGAGAACUCCAUACAGUCUCUACAGGACUUAUCAAAGCAGACUGAAUUGCCUUACGGAACAGUGUUGGAUUCUGCAGUAUAUGAUCAGGUGCGAUCAAAGGCUAUGAACCCAUUUGAGCGAGAUCCCAUGUACUCCCAGAUGUGGCGGAUGAUUAAUCGCACUGGAGGAGCAGAUAAUAACGUUGAGGAGUCGAAGGAAGGUAUUCGCAAGGUGAAAUAUGGGCGCUUUGGCUUUGUGUGGGAUGCAGCAGUGCUGGAGUAUGUGGCCAAUAAUGAUGAGGAUUGUUCCUUCUACACUGUAAACAGCAACGCGCCAGACCGUGGAUAUGGUAUUGCCAUGCAGCACGGCAGCCCCUACAGAGAUAUUUUCUCUCAGAGAAUUCUGGAACUCCAGCAGAAUGGUGAUAUGGACAUCUUAAAACUCAAGUGGUGGCCCAAGGACAGUCCGUGUGACCUCUACAGCUCAGACCAUGCACGGCAGCGUGGCAACGCACUCGAUAUCCACAGCUUUGCUGGGGUUUUCUGCGUCCUAGCAGCUGGUGUGGUGCUCUCCUGCCUCAUUGCUAUGGUAGAAAGCUGGUGGUCAAGGCGGAAGGGAUCCAGAGUCCCCUCCAAGGAGGACGAUAAGGAGAUCGACCUGGAGCACCUACACCGCAGGGUUAACAGUCUGUGCACCGAGGACGAAAGCCCCCACAAGCAGUUCUCCACCUCUUCCGUCGAUUUAACCCCCCUCGAUAUGGAUGCACUUCCUGCUGCCAGACAGGCCCUCGAGCAGAUCAGCGACUUCCGCAACACGCACAUCACCACCACAACCUUUAUCCCUGAGCAGAUCCAGACCCUGAGCCGCAGCCUGUCUGCCAAAGCCGCCGCUGGGUUUUCCUCUGGUUUUGGUGGAGGUCUCCAGGACCACCGAACUGGUGGGGUUGGCCCCUUUAGGCAGAGAGCCCCAAAUGGUGGCUUCUUCCGCAGCCCCAUUAAAACUAUGUCCUCUAUUCCUUACCAGCCAACAGGACCAGGACCCAAUUUUGGAUAUGGAAAUGAUCCAGACAGGGGCACCUCCAUUUGAGGUGUUGCGAUGGAUAGAGUUGGUUUGAGAGAAGAAGUGAGAAGAAGAAGGGGUUUCAGUAUGUUGUGGGGUGUUUGAACAAAUAUGUUGUGGCUAGGCUAAAGAGUAAGAGGUAUAUACAUGUAAACAGGAAUAUGUUUUUUCUGUUUUUCAUUUCUGCUCGAGUAUCCAGGGGCGUAAACUUGUAUGGGAGGGGUGUAGGUCUGAAGGGGUAUUCUUCAUUCUCAAACAGAUGAUGCAUCUCUGCUUUAUUGUUGUUGUUCUUGUGUAUGUUUGGGGGGUUCAGUUGGGAGUUGCAUCUAAGAGGGGACCUGUUUUUUUUUUGUUUGUUUUUUGUUUUGUUUUUUUGUACUGAUGUUUUAGUUUAAUGACAUGAGGACUUUCUCAUGUAAUGCUGAAAUGACCUGACACCUUUUGCUGUAUGAACACCCUCUUGUUGGGUUUAGUCAAAAACUAUUUCAACACAAAGAAAUGAUCUGUGUAAGGUCUAGAGUUGCUGUUGGUAAAGGAUUGUAGCUCUCAUUGGCCAUGAAACGACGUCCAGUGGUGUUAUUUGCUAGGAAAACCGAGGCAUUAAUAUUAUGAAAAUAAACCACAUAAGUUGUAUUUAUAUUACCAUCCUAAAGUUUAAGGGGUUUGAAAAGGCCAAUGAUGAUUAAGUAUCUCAAUUUUAACCUUGUAUUUUCACUGUUAAAAGGCUCUCCUCAAUAUAGUUUUCACUGGUAGUGUUGUAUCAAUGCCUUGGGUUUUGAAUCUAAAAGCAACUCCAGGAUGGUGUCCACAUUGGGGAGUCUGAUCCAGACAUAAGACCUUGCAGCUGAACAUAUACUGAUGCCUCCACUGUGCAUCAGUGGGGAAACUGUUGAAAUGCCAUGACAGAACAACUGCGUGUCACUGUAAACCACCAGUUUUGGUGCAUCAAUCUUUAAACUUCUGCCAUUUUUGGUGCAUCAGCCUGAAACUGUUUUCACCACUUUGAUGCACAUUAAACUCUUUGUCAAACCUUCUGCACUGUACCAGUGCCCACAGACCUGUAAGUGAUUGUAUGUAGAUCUUACCUUUUAUUUUUGCUCACCGUUAUUGUGCUAUCUGCUUUUAGAGUCAAGGUGAAAUUCUCCUACCAGACUCUCAGAUGUAAAGGAGAAAUUAACAUUCAUAAAAAAAGCAGACAAAAAAGUGAGAAAAAAAUGAAAACCUAAAAGACUUUACAAAGCUAAUGCUUAUUAUAUGUCUUUUAUUGAGUUUUGUUUUCAGAAAAAAAAAGAUUUUCCUGAGUGGAAUGUGUUUUGGUGAGGAAGUACAAAAAAAUGAACAUUGUUCUGAGCUGUCUACUUGUUUUCUUUUCCUUUCUCUCUUAGGAAACUUUGCAACAACUGCUUUAGAUCGCUGUAGUCCCUAAUUUUUUUGUCAAUGAAUCACUCAAAAUUAUGCCUUUUAAUUUUUCUGUUGGGAUUAAAUUUUUAGCGCAGCCAUAGCUAUUGUGCUUAGACUAUAAAUUCAAUCUGCAGUCAUGUCAAAUCCAAGAAUCAUUCAUCACAAUUUGUCAGGUUCAAGUGCUGAAAUGAAGUGGAAUCUGUGUUUGGGGCAAAGCCAUUGCUACAUUGUUUUCAAUAUUAUGUGACAGCCAACUAGUGGUAUCCUACCAACUUCCAGGAAACCCAAUACAUCUGCUGUUUACUGGAAACAAUUUGAAACAUCAAAUCAUUCUUGGACUGAUUGUCAAGGCAACGUCAUUUUAACCUACAUGAAAGGUACUAUUUAUAUAACUUUCUUUUUUAAGUGCCAAUUAAUUAAAACAAAACCAUUAAGGUGCAUUUCUUUUGGUGUGGAGAAGAUGAUGAGAAUUUUUGUAGAUUACUUUGAGGGUUAAAGGGCAGGUGGGCAAAAUGGAACCAACCUUUUUUUUUUAACUAACACUUUAUUAAUAAUUGGUCAUGUUAGUUGUGUAGAGCAAAGUUUGGGUUUCUUACCUUUUUUAGCUAAAUCUGCAAACUGUUGUGCGUAGAGAAUUCAGUCAAGCCACUGUGUUUUGAAGCAAGCAUUGUUAGGGUUUCUUUUCUUAUAUUAGACUACAGUCAGGCUAUGAAAUGGCAAAUAGGACACAUACGUUUAAAAAGAUUUAUUUAGUAUAAAUGAAAGCGACAUAAUGAAAAUGUAUAUUUUACAUGUUGAUGCUAUUUUUGUUUAACAAAAAGGAAAAUACUAUAUCAUGUUAAGCUUUAGUGCUGCGUUAAGCAGGUCAGUUACUGCCUUUGGUUCUCCCCGUCCUGCCCAUGGCUAA